AUGUUGCCGACGAGAAACCUGAAAUCCGAAACUCAAAUGGCAUUCGAUCUAAAUACUGAUGCAUACAAGGAGGUGAUCAUGUUUGAGCUGAACAUGGCAGAUCGCGACGAGCAGAAGCUGAACCCAGAUCUUCAGACGAAUUUUCUCUAUAUUUUCGGCGAACCAGACGAACAGUACCACAGUGUGGCUUGCGUCUGGACAAGCAGUUACAGAGUGUUCGAGCUGACGAGAAUUUACGGCUACAAGAUUCUUACACUAAUUCUUGCACUUCCUGUCUCUUUCCUUGCUGGACUCGUUUUCGCACUAUUCUCGUUUCUCAGGAUAUGGAUUGUGCAGCCUCUGCUAGUGUUGGUACGCAUGGUGUUGGGCCAACUGAUAACUAUUUGGCCUUUAUGCCUCAUCUACAUUGUCCGCCCAUUUUUCUAUUCCGUUGGUGCCGUAUUCAGUACUGUUCGGCUGCAUCGUAAUGACGGCACCGCCAUCAGAGAAGUCCACCAGAACACUUCAUUUUUUGUUCUUUGCAUUUGUUUUAACCGAUAUAAAAACUUGCACUAG